CGGUCUGAUUCAUGCAUAGUAAGCAUUAAACUACUGUCACCACUAUCAGAUCCAUUUCAUCCUAUAAUCUUUUGUACUGGUGAUGAUGAAUCACUCAGUUUGAUUUCCAUGUUGAGUAAUGUCUGAAUCACUUAAUCUCUACCGAAGAUGACUCCAAAUUUGUCUGCCACGACAUUCAAGCAGAAACUAACCUGGGCCAUGAGUCAAUACCUUAACCCAAGACAAAUCGAGAUGUCUUCUCAGCCGAGGAAGCUGCCGCGAUUUCCAAUACAAAGAUUCGCCGAUAUUUCGAAUCCGGAUGCUUUUAUCAUCAGCAGAAUACUUAUGGCAUGGCUUUGCUACCUUCUCUGGAGGAUAAUAGAUGUAUUUCAGAGAUUUUAUUAGCAUAGUCUUAGGCUUGGUGAUUAUGGGCCCGAUAAAGAACAGUUCUUCCGAACAAUACACCAAGUUACUACAAGAGAGAUAUGUAUAAGAUUAGCACUACCUGUGUUGUGGAUUCUCCCUGAAAUGCUUGUUAUGUCCGCCCACCAUAAUUUUAUAUCUGCAUUUGCGGUCUUCGCUGGUGGUGCUCAAGCUAUACCAGGUUGGAAUUUCGCUGUUUAUAGGUCACUAGGGGAAGCAUAUACCAUCCGAAGAUAUUGGGGGUACGUGAUUGUAUCAAAGUACAAUGGAGGUCCCAUGCUAAUUCUGUACUCAUUCCUAGUAUCGUUUGGCAUCAAUUCCUACGUCGCGAUCUCAUCGGUUGCGCCUCAUUUAUGUCUUCAAACAUAUUUCGGAUUCCACAGACUUCCAAAUAUAACAAAAUCGCUAUGCUGUAUUUGGUGUUCUUCAGCUCUGCCUGUAUGCAUGCUAUGAUAUAUCUUCCCGCAAAAAUGAGGAUUUCAGGCUGUGGAAUCAGCCACAUAUUUCAGUGGUAUUCUCUAUGUCCAUGCGCUAUAAUCGCCGAAGACACUGCACAGAAGUUGGGGAAAAAAGUAUUGAGUCAUCACGGAUGGAGGACUGACUCGAGGUGGUGUUAUUGGUUUGGGUAUCUUUGGGUUUGGGCGUUCUUUGCUUGGAGUUUAUCUAAGAAUGUGUUUCCAAAGGACGACUGCGUGCCUUAAGGAACUUACCUUCGCAUUUUGUAAAUAUUUUAUGGAUCACUAACGCGGGCAUUUUUGGCAUUUAAGGGGAUAAUUACAUUCUUGAAGUUUUCAUGUGCUCCAAAAGCGGGCUCAGCUUAGCUGUUAAACGAUGAGAAUUGAUGAAAUCCUGUGGCCCAACUCUUCAUAUAUCAAUAUUCCAAUGUUGGUUACGAUAUUCAGAAGGAGGAUCUCCGAUAAUAAUAAUAUGUACAAGAUGUC